UCGCUGCGUUCGCUGCAAAAUAUUGUUUUGAAAAUUGUUCCGUAAUUUUAUUUUGAAAUCUUUUAUUAACAGAACAGCACAAUAAAAAGAAUAAUAAUAAUAUUCAGGCCACAUCUUAAAGUUUCCUAUCGAGGUAGAAAUGAAUUUCGUCGUCGAAAUGGCAUCUAAAUGUUCCGGACGAACUGGAACGCUAGCCGGUGUUCAAAAACUGGCACAUGUGGAAAUUCAAACACCAGGUUUUGUGUAUCACACCAAGGGCGGUAGCAUCCCCCAUCUAUCCAAAGAAGUUGAAAACUACUUAAAUGUGGAACCAAAAUUCCUGCAAUAUUCGCUCACUAAUACCGAACACAUGGAAGAAGCCGUGGCCGCCUCUGGUGCUGGGAUUGCGAACUUCACCGCCCAAAAGCAAUCGGUUGCACUGUUGGUGUUGCAGGACCCGGCCGAAUUAUGUCUGCCCAAUUUUCACGAGAAGGAUUUGGUACCUAUAUAUAGUAGAAGUGGUCGUAAAAACUAUACUUCAGAGAAGUAUUUCAAACUGGUCGAAACGUUCAAACCGAACAUCUACGUUCCUCUAUUUGACGGAGAUACCACAAAUGAAAGCUCGAAGAAAAGGGUUCAAAAAUCUUUUGAUAGAACUGAAACUUUUGUAGAGCAAUGCCUUGAACUACAUCGUAAAUCUGAUACUUUGACUCAAUCAACUCUGCUUGGGCCGAUAAUAGGAGGUUUUAACACUAACAUACGAGAGAAAUCUGUUAAAUUUUUAAAAAAGUUUGAUGCGGAUUUCGGCGGUUACCUUAUAGCCGGAUUACAUUCCAAUGGCGGCUCAGCAACGGAACUGGAUAAAGAAUCUUUGUUAGAUAUUGUUUCGCAGGUUUGUAAAGAACUUCCAAAUCAAAAACCGAGGUUUCUUUUUGGAGCAUAUACUCCUAAAAUGGUACUAGAACUGGUAGUCCGUGGUAUCGACGUUUUCGACACCAGUUACCCGUAUCUGAAAACUAAGCAAAAUCGAGCUUUAACAUUUAGCUUUUCUGUUGAUGAGCCUAGUGUAGAAAACAUGGAAACGGAACUGGAUGUAAAGGAUACCCGAUGGGCAGAUGAUUUUACCGGAUUUUCCAGUAGCUGUUCAUGCUUGGCUUGUACAAAACAUACCAGAGCAUACUCACAUCAUCUGUACAAUACCAGGGAAAUGCUGGGUCCCAUACUUCUUAUGAUACACAAUCUUCAUCAUUACAAUAAAUUUUUCCAAGCAAUUAGAAAACACGUUUCUAACGACACUAUCAGUACGCUGAUCGAGCAUUUAGAAAAACAGAAAGACGUACCACAAGUGGUUGAAGAGCAACACAAAAUCAGUAUGCAGGAUAUUAACGCUGAAUCGCCUUUGAUAGCUGAAACAGCUCAGAAAAGAGUAAAAGUGUAGCACAGAAG